AUGGUUACUGCCGAAGCGAAUCUUAAUGGCAAAAAGGCCAAGCUUUGGGGCUUCAACGAGCCUGUAGAAAAGAAGACUUGGAAGGAUGACUAUUCUGCCAUGGACAAGGCGACUGCUGAAUACGCUUUUGAGCAGUUUCAGCUGAUUGAACAGGUUUUUGGUUAUCUCACCAAGCCAGCCAUACAAGACAAGCUGCUAGCCGCCCACCAAGAUGUAAUAGAGUUCUUGGACGCGUUUGAGAAACUCUAUGAAAUGCAGUAUCCUACGACCAUGAACUUGAACCUGUCCGACACAUGGCGCAAUUUCAUGACAGAGUUGCUUCGUGGGGUGCAGGGCUUCACUGAAGAGUGGAUGAAACUUCGCACCGGGGAUAUGGUGAACAACUGGAAGGCUGAGGUCGCGAGAAGGGAAACAGCUCUCAAGAAUGCCGCGAACACGCAAGCAGCUAAGCAACUCACCAUUGAACUGGAUGAUGCAAGGAAAAUCCACGACGACGCUAAAAAGCACUGUACCACGUACUCGUCUUUAAUUGGAGUGUUCAAGCCCCAAAUCUUCCAGGAAACCGAUGCAGCCUAG